GUGUGUAUGGUUGCGUGGGCGUUCCAUUAAAAAAAAUGGCCACUCUUUCUCUAUCUUCUGUCAGGGAUAUGGAGUCUGCACGGCGUUUAUACGAAGACAUUGAAAAAGAAGAGGCUAAACUAGAGGGAGAGUUAGAUAAACUUCUAGAGCAACAGACACAGAUGGACAUACAGAUAUCCUCUUUCAACCAAAUAAUUCCUAAUUUAGAGAGUCUUCAGUCAAGCUCUCAAUUGUUAUCUGGUUCAAUUAGUAAAGCUAGCUCACUAGCUAACACUAUCAGUCACAAAGUCCACUCACUAGACACUGCAAAGAGGAAUGUGUAUUCUGCUUUAAAGAGAGUUGACGAUAUCAUUGAUUUAAAGACUUGUGUCUCUGGAGUUAAGCAAACAAUGGAUUCUGGGGAUUUUGAAUUAGCUGCUAAUCAUAUCAGGCGUUAUCUUGAUCUCGAUGAAUCAGUGUUACUGGAAUCAGCAGCUGAUGGUGAUAGAACUGACACAGUAAGUGGCUCGUUUGCUCUCCUCAAAGAAGCAGAGGUUAGGCUGAGAUCUAUAAUAUGUGCUAAACUAUCCGAGGCCAUUGAAAGAAGAGACAAAGAGAGCAUUGAAAGGUUUGUCAAAUUGUUCCCGCUAAUCAACCUCCAUGAGGAAGGUGUUGACAUGCUAUGCGACUAUCUUAAUAGACAGAUCAAAGAAUUCUCUAUAGAAAAGCUCGAAACUUCAAUUAGAGGAUCAUCACAAAAUGUCGACACAGCAGGAGCAAAAGGUAACCGUGCUGGUGUCUUGUAUGCUGAUAUCCUAAUGAGCGUUUAUGAAAAUAUCGCAUCAAAGCACGAUCAAUACAUGCCACUACUGAGAACCUGUUACGGAGUUCAAUGGAUAGUGCCUUUUAUCAGAAAGAUUCAGGCAGAAUGUGACAAACAAGUUGAGAUUAUACUCCAGCACAUGGCUGAGGAUAGGAUGCUGGAACACAAGACACAGACGAUUGGAAUAGCUUUAAAUGCUAGACACACAGCUGGUGCUAUUCGGCCAGACCCAAGGGAACUAGAUACUUUAUUGACGGAGCUAAGUUUGUGUAGCUCAAGAAGUGAAUUAUAUUAUAAGUUUGUACUAAAGAAAACACAAAAUUUUCAGUUAUCAGAGUCUGAUGUGUUGGAGAUUUUAAAGACAAGUGGAACCAGUUUGAAAGUCCAGGAAGUUAUUGGUUGGUACAUAUUGAUGGAGAAUUACUUCAUGAGGGAGACAUUGCAGAAAGCUGUUAGUGUGGAUCAGAUUGAAGAAGGUCAACUUAUUUCUAAUCUACCAGAUGAUGCUUUCUUUGUCUUUCAAAAGAGUUUAAAGAGAGCAUUUUCGUCAUCUAAUAUUGAUUGUUCUUGUGCUAUGAUCAACAAUACAAGUACUUUGCUCCUUAAAGAGUUCAAGGAAGAACUUGAACAACCAUUGAUCGAUCAACCAACCACACAAAUUGGUGGCAUUACAGACAUGUUUCAAUCAUCAGCAAACAAGUCCUCACAAACAGCAAGUGAUGAUCUAUGGAGGACAUUAGGAGUCUCUUGCUCUAAUAUUGAAGUUAGUUGUCAGAAUAUCAAGAGAUUGAUUCAGCAACUGCAAAGUGAAAUUUCUCUUUUAAAAGUGGACGAAAUUAGCAGAGCCAAACUAGAGACAUGUUUAGCUGAACUGUGUUCAACCACUGGUCCAUUUCAAGAGCUCAGAAUGAAUGCAAUAGGACACUUUAUCGAGUCAGCAAUGUUGCCUGAUGUGAUACCAGCUAUUGAUCAGUUCUCAACUGUCUCACACGUCAUCGAGGAAGAGGUUAUGUCUGAUGAGACUUUUGUUCAGAAACUUGCCAUUUCUCUUUCUCGGAUUAUCGACAAAACAAAAUCUCAUUUGCUGGCAUCAUUGUACAACGAGACCAUAUUGCAAUUUACCAGUGAAGUAGCAGACGCACUUGAGAAACAAGUAUUCAAAUCAAACUUUAAUCAGUUAGGCGGAGUCAAAUUGGAUAGAGAUCUUCGUCAAAUCGUGUCGUUUCUUUCGGAGAAGACGGAGCAACCGCUGAGAGAUAAAUUUACACGAGUUACUCAGAUGGCAAUUAUACUCAGUUUGGAUAGGGUUGGGGAGGUUGAAGAUUAUUGGAGCUUAAAUUCAGGACCAACAAGAUGGUAUCUCACAGCUAAAGACAUAAAAGGAGUUCUUCAUUUGAGGAAGGAUUUUAGACCAGAAGAUAUAGAAACUUUAAAACUAUCCCCUCGAAUGGGACGCCAUUGAUUAUUAUUAAUUUUUAUGACACGUUUUAUCACGUGGGCACACA